AUGGUCUCGGACGGCGAACGCCGCCGCGUCCAACUGGCCAUGGGCCUGAUCCGACCGUGGGACGUGCUCCUCCUGGACGAAAUCACCGUGGACCUCGACCUGCUCAGCCGGAGCAACUUCCUCGGCUGGCUGCGCGGGGAGACGGACCGCCGCGGCGCCACCGUCGUCUACGCGACGCACAUCCUCGACAACCUGGUCGGCUGGCCCACGCACCUCGUGCACAUGCACCUGGGGCGGGUGAAGGAGUGGGGGCCCAUGGACCGGUUCGACGACGAGGUCGACGAUUCGACGGCGAAAAGUGGCAACAGCAAGCUCGGCGAGUUGGUCCUCAAGUGGUUAAAGGACGAUUUGGCCGAGAGGGGUCCGCGAGGACACGGAGUCGUCGGAGGAGGAGGGGGAGGGCAGGCAAAGACGUACGAGAGUUUCGAGGGCAAGGCUGGCUAUGGGCUCGAGAAGACGCCGGAACUUUGA